CCUCCUUCGAUUCCAUUCAUCACACGAACUGUUAUACGUGCAGACAGACAUGAACAUCUUUUGAGAGUGCUCGUCUUGGAGUAGAACACGGGAGAGUAGCGGAACAUGGCCCCGAACGCACUAUCGGUUAAAAGAGCCCUGCUCCCGCUCCUAUUGUGGACGGCGUUGGUAGCUGUGGUGGUAGACGGGCAGUACGAGAAAUACAGUUUCAAGAGCUUUCCGCAAAGUGAUCUCAUGCCCCUUGAAUCUGCCUACGGAUAUGCGUUGGACCAGUACGCCGCGCAAAACUGGAGGGACAGCAUCAAAUACUUGGAGCUAAGUUUGCGUUUGCACCGGCUCCUGAAAGACAGCGAGGCUUUUUGUAGCCAAAACUGCAGCCAUGUCAGUCGAGACCACGACCCCCUUUAUGCCGAUAACAAUCUCAGGAUUCUGCGGCACAUCUUACUCCGGGCAUCCUGCAUCAAAAAGUGCAAGGUGAACUUUCCCGUGUUCAAGAUGUCCUCUCCCAGGAGGGACAUCUUGGACGCGUUCGAGAAAAGGGUUCCCUACCGUUAUAUACAAUACGCAUAUUACCAGUUAAACAACCUGGAGCGGGCCGUGUCUGCGGCCCACACCUUCCUGCAGAAGAACCCCACUGACCCUUACAUUACCAAGAACAUGAACUACUACAAGACCCUGUUUGACCUGGAGGACUAUCUCAUCGACCAUGAGGAGAGGCCCUACGAGGGUGUUUUCCUGAAAGCGGUGAAACUCUUCAACGCAGGCGAUUUCAGCAGCAGUGCCAGGGACAUGGAGCAGGCAGCCAGCGAGUUCUUUAAGGCCUACGAUCUCUGUCUGGCGGGUUGCGAGGGGACCUAUGAAUUUACAGAGACCAAAGAUUUUUACGCUUCCUUGGCAGAUCUCUACAGAGAAGCUCUGAAGUGUAAAGUGAAAUGUGAGGAGAAUCUGACGCCCAACGUAGGGGGGUUCUUUGUUGAAAAGUUUGUGGCAACCAUGUAUCACUACCUGCAGUUUGCCUACUAUAAGUUGAACGAUGUGCGCAACGCCGCCCCCUGCGCAGCCAGCUAUAUGCUCUUUGACCCUGACGACCAGGUCAUGCGGCAGAACAUGGUGUAUUACCGCUUCUACCGUGAGCAGUGGGGCCUAGAGGAUGGCCACUUCAAGCCUCGUCGGGAGGCACUUCGAUACUUUAACCAGACCACUACACAGAAGGAGAUGCUGGAGUUUGCAAUGAAUUACCUGCAGACAGAUGAUGAGGAUGUGGUGAGCCCGGAAGAAACAACUACAGGGCCCCCAGACCCUCCAGAUGCAGAGUUUGAGGGCAUAGGGGACUAUGAGGAGUCAAUCUAUGCCGAGUGGUGGCAGGAGCCCAAAACCAAAGGGGACACGGGUGAGCCUGCCGAGUGACCUCUCCGACGGGUCAUACUGGACACCCCCAGACAACAAACUGACCUCAGAGUUCUGGACAGUCUACAGAUACAAUGGGCUCUGGUCAGAACUCCCCACAGGAAGGGAUGUACAGUGCACACCGUCCGCCACAGCCUAGCCUAGUCCUGCCCACCCCCAGCCUCAUCCGGCCAACCCCAGUCCAGCCCAGGCAAUGAGGAAAUAGACACAGGACGCAAAAAUGCAUAGAAAACUGACCAGAGGA